AUGAAACAAGAUAAAACUAAUACAGAUUGCAAUAAUGAGUUAUGGUUAAAGAAUGAUGUUUGUAGUAAAAGAGAAGAAGAUUUAGUUAUAUCAGAGAUAUAUAAUGAAAAAAAAGAAAUAUUGAAAAAUCAUCCUAUUGAAAAGGAAGAGAUUAUAAGAUUAAUAUUACAGACACUUAAAGAUUUCGGAUAUAAGUCUUCAGUAUCACAUUUGGAACAAGAAUCGGGGUUUAGUGUAGAAUCUACGGAUGUUUUACAGUUUAGAGAGUCAGUUCUUACAGGGAAUUGGAAAAAUGCGGAAAAGUUACUUAGUUCUCUUUAUUUGGAUGAAAAAGCACCGACGAAUAUUUUAUUUUAUCUUAGACAACAAAAGUUUUUAGAACUUUUAGAAGAGAAUAAAAUGCCAGAAGCGCUUUCAGUUUUAAGAGAGGAACUUAGUCCUCUUGAAUAUAAUAAAGAAAGAUUACAUUUUCUUACUAGUUUAAUUAUGUCAUCAUCUGUAAACGAUCUUAAGAGAAGAGCAUCGUGGGAUGGUGCAAAUGGAAUUUCACGGCAAAAACUUCUUAAACAGAUUUCAAAAUAUAUAUCGCCUACUUUAAUGAUUCCAGAAAGAAGGCUUAUAAAUCUUUUAAUACAAGCAAAAAAUUAUCAAAUAUCGCAAUGUUUAUAUCACACAGAUUCUAAUUUUUCGUCAUUGCUUUCAGAUCAUCAUUGUGAAAAGGAUCAAUUUCCUAAUACCGUUAUCAAAGUUCUUAGAGAUCAUACAGAUGAAGUAUGGUGUACUCGAUUUUCCCACAAUGGAAAAUAUUUAGCAUCUGCUUCAAAAGAUUCUACUGCUAUUAUUUGGAAUCUUCAAACCUAUAAACCUUUAUACAUAUUGAAAGAACACGAAAAGCCUGUUAUUUAUGUGGAUUGGUCUCCUAAUGAUGAAUUGAUUUUAACAUGCGGUCAAGAUCAUAUGGCAAAAUUAUGGGAAGUUAAGUCUGGUACUUGCAUAAAAACAAUAACACAUCAUAAAGACUUUGUAACGUCAUGUUCUUGGCUUCCUGAUGGAUCAGGAUUUAUUACAGCUAGUUUAGAUAUGGAAGUUAUUUUAUGGAAUAUUGAUGGAAUAAUAAUUCAUCAAUGGAAAGGAUCAAGAGUAUAUGAUCUUGCUGUAGCUCCAGAUGGGAAAAAAUUUAUAGCAGGUGGAACAGAAAAAAUGCUUCAUGUCUAUAAUCUUUUAAAUAGAACUCUCGAAUUUAGCUUUUUAAUGCAAAGUGAUUUAACUUGUGUUAGCAUUUCAAAAGAUUCAAAAUUUGCAAUAAUUAACGUAUCAUCACAAGAGGUUUAUCUUUGGGAUUUGGAAAAAAUGCAGGUUGUUAAAAAAUAUGCUGGACAACAUCAGGGCAAUUAUAUAAUAAGGUCAUGUUUUGGGGGUGCUCAAGAAAAUUUUAUCCUUAGUGGGAGCGAAGAUUCCCAAGUUUAUGUCUGGCAUAGAGAAAAUGGUUCUUUAAUUGAAACUCUCAAAAGUCAUAAAGGUACUGUAAAUUCGGUUUCGUGGAGUCCGGUUAACCCUGUAAUGUUUGCAUCUGCUGGUGAUGAUCAUACCGUUAGAAUGUAA